CUGGAAGGUGCUGGGGAAGAGAUCGGAGAAUUUUAGGUACCAGCAUGGUCAAGAGAGCUCCAGUUCACAGUUCAAUUUUGGAGUUAAAAAAAGAGACUUAACGAGAUAAGCCACACUCUUUUCUGAUGGCAAAUGUUUUCCAUUAUGUUCCUUCUCUCAACCUCCACCGCCAUUUCAGACAGAUGAUCUUUGAUGUUUUUUGGUCACUAUAUUUUAGAUCAUGUUUUAUGCAACAUUGUCAAAUUUACAAAAAUAUUCUGUUGAUAAUUAAGAAUGAAUUUUCUAUCUAGUAAAAUAUAUAAUUAAUCUUUCUUUCAGGUCCACCUCCCUGAGAUAUCUACUUUUAAUUUAAUCAUUUCUGCAGAAUUGUUAUAAUUUCUACUUAGAGGUUUUAAUUAACUUGAAUGAAGUUGAUCUUUAAGUAUUUAUCUAUUCCUGGUUACCUUUGUUAGUGAAAUUUCCAGAUAAUUUUUAUUAUUCAGAUUUCUUAGUGUUUGACUUUUCCUGGUAUUUAAACAGUGUAAUAACAUUUUUAUCUUUAAAUUACUAGUCAUGUUAUUUCAUUUUCACAUAAGAACACCCAGGAUAGCAUUACCUAUGGUAACAAUGUGUACCCGUAUUUUGAGCUUGUUUUUAAGGAGAGUUUCUCCAAUGCUUUUCUGUUACAGGUAAUUUUUUUUUUAUUUUAUAUUCUCUUUACUGUAUUUAAGAAAUUAUUUUUCUAGCCUCAUUUUAAAUAUUUCGAUUUUGAGCUAUUUCUUUGAUACUCAUAGAUAAAGUCAUAAAACAUUUACUAUUUAAUGUAAUGAUGAAGCACAUAUAUUACAUUAAUAUUUUUUCUUGUUUGUGGUAGCCUUACCAUGCAUAAAUAAUAACUAAUAACAGAUUAGCACAUGAGAGAUGCUGUUAUUAGUGCUUUGCAUGCAUUACUUCAUUUAAUCCUCACAUUAAGCCUGAGGGAGGUAUUACUAAUGUCUACUCUAAAAAUAAAUGACCUGAAACAUUGAUGAGUUAAGUAUUUUUCUAAUUAUCUAUGGCAAGUAAGUGACAAGGAGAAGAGCCCCAUCCAGGAAGUUACUAAAAAACGGAGCUUUUCUCCACAAUCCUCUCCUGGCCUCUAAAUCAAGGUGGCCCCUGACAUCUUCUACUACAUAAUUCUUUUCUUCUCUUGCAUUUUACAUGCUAGCCUUCUAUUUACAUUUUAAUAUCUAUUUAGAGAAAUGACGCCAGUUUGAUUUUUUGAAAUUAGAAUUGGUGGUCCAAUAGGAUCACAUUUAUAAGUGUCUAAAGUAAGAAGUAAUGUUCUUUGAAAGUUUGUGAAAACAUUCACUAUAAACAAAAUAGAAUCAGAUGCUUGGAAGGAGGUGGGGUCUUAGGUGAAUUUUUCACUUUCUUCCUUAUAUACUGGUCAAUUUAUAUUCUCUAUGGACUUUAUUUUCCCAAAGCAAUUUCAGACCUAUUGAUCUCAUUUGAUCUUGAGAGCUUUGCUAUAAGGCAGGUUAUAUCAUCUCCAUAUUGAAGUCAAGAAAUUGAAGUCCAAAAGAGGCAGUAUCGUUAAAGCUGCAUAUUUACAUGGUAGGGUAGGUGGUGUGUUCAUGCUCCCAGUGUAAGGUCCCUAGACUGAGCCCUCCUGACCCUGAUGACAGUCCUGUGGGAGAACCUGGUAUCCCCUGCACAUCGCAGGACUCACAGUUCUGGGAGAAAGUAAAUAUGAAUGGGUGCUAAUCUUAAACACACCAUUGGACAAAGGCAAGACAGACAGACUCCAGCUUCAUUUGAGUUCUGGGAUGGGUACUCUAAUCCCUCUAAAUCAUGCCACUGAAUGACCUUUUACACACUGAGGUAGGACUUCUCCCACAACAGACCAUGUCCUAAGGGUGUGUGAGGUGUGGCAGAAUUGGGGAAAUGAUAAUCCCCGUAGAUGGGCCAGCAGAAUAUUUGAGAUCACCUUCAGAGCAAAGAAAACACAUCAUCUCCCCUAACCUCAUGACUUACCUGACUGCUUAAAAUCAGUAUCACUGUCCUCCAUCUGUCAUUUUACUUGCAUCACAGGCUUUAUAUUUUCAGACCUUUCACACUAACCGUCUGCCCGGCGAGUGAUGACUCAUAUAAAGCUCAGUGUCCAUUGGUUCUUUUCUCAGACUCUGUCCAAUCCCAGGGUCGUAGAAGACUACUUGGGUUCAUGGUCUCUAGUAUUUCAGACAGGAGCUCCCCUUAGUGAGUCCUUCUUUUCCUGACUGCAACCUUUUUCAUUUUGCCAUCCUUUUCCAGCUCCAUGAUGGUUCUGCAGGUUUCUGGGACCCCCCAGACAGUGGGUCUGAUGGUAUUACUGAUGGUGCUGCUCACAUCUGUGGUCCAGGGCAGGGCCACUCCAGAGAAUUACGUGUACCAGAGGCGGUAUGAAUGCUACGCGUUUAACGGGACACAGCAUCUCCUGGACAGAUACAUGUACAACCAGGAGGAGUUUGUGCGCUUUGACAGCGACCUGGGGGAGUUCCGGGCAGUGACGGAGCUGGGAAGACCUACUGCCAAGUACUGGAACAGCCAGAAGGACAUCCUAGAGAGGAUGCAGGCCUCCGUGGACACAGUGUGCAGAUACAACUACGAGCUGGAAGUGCCAGUCAUCCAGAAGCGCCACGUCCAGCCUAGGGUGAACGUCUCCCCCUCCAAGAAGGGGCCCUUGAAGCACCACAACCUGCUUGUCUGCCACGUGACAGAUUUCUACCCAGGCAGCAUUCAAGUCCGAUGGUUCCUGAAUGGACAGGAGGAAACAGCUGGGGUCGUGUCCACCAACCUGAUCCAUAAUGGAGACUGGACCUUCCAGAUCCUGGUGAUGCUGGAAAUGACCCCCCAGCAGGGAGACGUCUACACCUGCCAAGUGGAGCACCCCAGCCUGGACAGUCCUGUCACCGUGGAGUGGAAAGCACAGUCUGACUCUGCCCGGAGUAAGGCGCUGACAGGAGCUGGGGGCUUUGUGCUGGGGCUCAUCAUCUGUGGAGUGGGCAUCUUCAUGCACAGGAGGAGCAAAAAAGGUGAGGAGGCCCGCAGGGGUUCCUGACCUGACCGAAAAAAUUAAUGUGCCUUGGAAUAAGCAUUUUCUGUGUUUCGUUAACAUUACCAGCUGGUUCCGGGACAGACCCUAGCUUCCCAAGAGGAUGCUGCUGCCAAGAAGUUGCUUUGAAGCCAGUUUCUAUCGUGCUCUUUGAUUCAAUGCACAGUUUCUCACACCGGGCCUCCAACCAUGUUCCCUUCUUAGCGCCAUAAAUAAUCAAAACCCAA